AUGCCGGCCAUUUCGUUAUCCAACAACAAACAUGGCCCUGAUCGUGGUACUAGUAUCCAUGAUAAGUCCAUUUACAAUAGUAAGGGACAUAUCAAUGGAUCAUUGUACCAUGAGCAUGAAAGCCAAUCUACAAAUCUUAUUGGAAACGUUCUUCGUGAAAAAAUCCAAUCUAUUGACCUCGAUACCUGCCUUUCGGGAGGUGAGGACUCAUUUUUUGUGGCAGAUUUAGGUGUUGUCUACCGUCAGCAUGUUCGGUGGAUAAAAAAUCUGCCUCGAAUUGAGCCCUUCUACGCUGUGAAGUGCAAUGGGGAUCCUCAAGUUCUUAACUUGCUUGUCAAGUUGGGACUUAGUUUUGAUUGCGCUUCAAAGAAUGAGAUUAGCUCCAUUCUUGAUCUGGGUGUGGACCCAUCUCGUAUCAUCUAUGCCAACCCUGUAAAGACUCCCUCAUAUCUUGGAUAUGCUCGACAACAGGGUGUUGGUAUGAUGACAUUUGAUAAUUCUGAUGAGUUGUUGAAAUGCAAAAAGUUUUACCCUGAUGCUCAACUCCUACUUAGAAUUAUGACCGAUGAUUCUACUGCCACUUGCCAAUUGAGUGUCAAGUUUGGUGCUCCCAUGUCUGACACUAAAAAGCUUUUGGCAUUGGCAAAAGAAUUAAACCUCAACGUUGUGGGUGUUGCGUUCCAUGUGGGAAGUGGAGCCAGUGAUCCCACCGUCUAUGCUGAGGCGGUCGAAAACUCUCGCCAAGUAUUCGACGAAGCUCUUGAAUUGGGCUUUCCUCCUUUGUCUAUUCUUGAUGUUGGAGGAGGUUUUGAGGAUGAUUGCUUUGAGAUUGCUGCUGAAGUGUUGAACAACUCGUUGGCUGAACAUUUCCCUGACGAUUCUGUUCGAGUGAUUGCCGAGCCUGGUCGCUACUAUGUCGCUACUGCAUUUACUCUUGCUACAAGCGUCAUUGGUCGUCGCUGGGUCGACGAACAAAAGGGAAAGGCCAUGAUCUAUGUCAAUGAUGGUGUAUAUGGAAAUCUCAAUUCCAUUUUGUUUGAUCACCAGAAUCCUGUUCCUAGACCCUUGACCUCUGGUGAAAGCUUCCUUUACAAUGGUAAGGACGAAAUCCCCUUUCACCACCGUGACCAUCAUUCGAGCAACUAUGAGUUCUCGGUAUGGGGACCUACCUGUGACGGACUCGACUGUAUUUCAAAGUCGGUUCUGUUUCCCGUUUCCAUUGACGUCGGAGAUUGGCUGUACUUCAACGACGUAGGAGCUUAUACACUUGCAGCCUCGACCACUUUCAACGGGUUCAACUUGGACUGCAAGGUACACUACGUGUGCUCGAGCCCCGAAGUGGAUCUCUAG